AGCAGAAAAGGCACGGAGACGAGAGAGUCAAACCUUAUGAAUUCAAGACCGUUUCUCAUCUUGUUUCUCGUACUUAAUCCGUGCGCUUGCUCAACGAACGACUCUAACGAGGUCAAUGAUGUUGCGAGCAUCAGUCAUGCCGAUCUUCUCUACCGACGCGGACCGCCACCGGAUCUCUAUUCCUUUUCCAACGACGUGCGUCCAAACGAGUGGGGGAAUAUAACAAACUGGAAGACGAAUACUCCGGGAAGGCUGCUCGGCCAUGCUGCAACACACCUGAUGAUAGCUGGUUCCGACGGGAAGGUGGCCGAAAACAUGGUUCUCUACGGCGGCUUCGUCUCGUGCCGAACAAAGGAGAGAGAAAAUAGGUCCACGUGGAUCUACACAGCGGCGACCAAUUCGUGGAGAUCCAUCUGGGAAAACAAGAAAAAACUGCCGCACGCAACGAGCGGGCACACAAUGGUCACACUGUGUCGCAGCACAGUCUUUCUCUUUGGCGGAGCGACUUGUGAAGACGUUACGCCCCUUUUCUUCAACGAUACUUGGUCGUUUAGCAAUAAAAACGAAAGUUGGCAUCACCUAGAACUUGAAACAGUCGAUAUCGCUCCGAGAUCGUAUCACGCAGCCGUUCCUGUGUACCAACGGGAAAGCAAUUGCAACUGCCGCGAAUCGAUGCUGGUGUUCGGGGGAAGCAAGAUUUUUGACGUCUCGCAGGCAUACUUUGAAAAUCAGACGUUGUUUAACGACUUGUGGGAGCUGCGCUGUGAAAGUAAUAGGUAUAGGUGGAUCCGGUUGGAUUCAGAAAUUGAAACAUGGCGGGACAAGCCAUCAAGCCGAUUCAAGCCAGCCUCUGCAUCGUUCCAUGACACCAUGUACGUAUUCGGUGGGUGCACGUUUGGGUUGGCCGACAAGCUAGAAAUAUGUAUACCGAAGAAAGACAUGUGGACGUACUCGACGGGAAACAAGAUGUGGAAACGGCUCGACGAUGCCGACUGGUCGCCAGUAGAUGGAAUGCUGCAGGCGGCGUUGGUUAAUAGAACAAGCUAUCUUACUUUCGAAAACGUCACCGGAAUUCUCCUCUGUUGCAAAAAGCCCUUCCGUUUCUAUGACAUAUACCAAUCCAAGUGGCACACUCUCGAUACUCUAGAUUCAGACGAAAAGUACCAAAAUCUUUUAGAUCCUUCGAUUGCUGUAGUAGAUUCUAACGUUCUCAUCUACGGCGGUGGUAAAAAUCCAAGCUGGAUUAGCCAGAAUAAUCUCUGGAAUAUCACGAUGCUUGCAGCUAACGCUUGCUUGUUGCACGAGAAGCCUCAAUCGCCGCCAAGUCCACCAUUACGUGGAGAUCACGUGGCCGUCGUCGACCGGGAAUCGAGCAUGAUUAUUGUGCACGGAGGCCUCCAACCUGAGACGAUGUUUUAUGGUAAAGGUUGGGGUGAGAGAAACUCCGACAUUUGGGUUCUUGACAUGCAUUCGCUUUCAUGGUCUGUUCGCAAACCGAAAAUUAAUUUAGAACUGCUUAGUCACGCAGGAGUUCUUCUGUUUCAUCCGAGCAAAGUUCUUGUCGUUUUCGGUGGCGUCAAAAUUGUUGACGAUUAUCCGAAGACGGAGAAUUCAACGUGGGGCUAUUAUCCUCGAGAGAACGUAUGGCGCGAGUUUGAAGGCUUGCAACCCGAAAUUCGUCGUUCCGCUUUAGCCGUUGCCAUCAGCAAUCGAACCAUGCUGAUGAUGGGAGGCAUAUCGCCGAGUAACAAGAUUCUGGAAGACAUGUGGACCUUUGAGCUCGACAAAAGUGGGAAAGCUGGCAUUUGGACAAAACACAAACAAAGCGCCCCCGUAAAGUUAGGUCAAUCAAUCGUUCUUGUAAAUCAAAGCGUCUUUUUGUAUGGAGGAGCAGAGGUUAUCAAUCAGACUAUACAAAAUCAUUCGGAGGCACUUUGGAAGUUUGAUAUAGACCUCCAGCUGUGGCAACCGAUUGAUUACACCGGAAACAGUCCUGGACCACGGUGUCUCCACUCGGCAACAGGUAGUGGAGAGAAGUUAGUUGUCGCUGGCGGUUGUCGAUGGGACUCAACAGCCCCCUUUACUAAUCUUUUUCUGUACGACGUUGAAAUACAAUAUUGCGAAAGAAUAGAAGAUGUCGUCAGAGUGUGGUAUUUUAGUAUAGUGCACCGUCACUGGACGGAAAUGGUUCCAAUUUCUAGAGAGAAUGUCUACAUACAAGGCAACCUCCUGAUGUGGGGCGAUGAUUAUCUUCUUGCACUUGGAGGAUACUACGUCAAUUACAAAGAAUACGACUACACUUUAGUCGAAUCUGGCUUCAUGGUGACUAUGGUAGGAUGUCCGGCGGGAACAGAUGGCGACAACUUUUGGUUCGAUUCCUGCAAACAGUGUCCAAUAGAUCAGUUUUCAUCAUUUGGAUCUUCCUGCCAAUCUUGUCCAGAUGGCUGGGUCACUUCCAAACCCGGCGCCACAAGCAAAGAGAAUUGCUCAGUCUGCAAGUCUAACGAUUACUGCGGGCAAGGAGUUUGCUACGCGCCGGAAGAACUCAUCGCUAAGAACACGUUUCAGCGGCGAUGUCGUUGUAAUCCCGGUUUCAGCCGCGACGCGAGAGGAAAGUGUGUCAUUCCCACAGCGUUUCUCGCUACCUUCUUCUCCGUUGGAGUAACCGUCGUCAUCGCUUACGUAAUAUUCGUUACGAUAAGAAAUGUCAAACGAAAUAGAACAUCCUACAAGAAACAGGAAAAUCAACUGAAAGAGUUAACUCAGGUGUGGGCAAUAAGUCCGAAAGAUGUAACCCUCAAAGAGCGAAUCGAUGGCGACUCGCCCGGUGGCUUUGGAGAAGUUUACAAAGCGGAGUAUAGAGAAAUAACUGUAGCCGUCAAGAGGCUUCAAAGCUUCGAAAGCAGUAACAAUAGAUCUUCUCAGGAAUUUGACAGAGAGAUAGAAAUUAUGAAGACACUACGGCAUCCCAACAUCGUCAUGUUUUUCGGAGGCGGACGUUUUGAAGACAGCACGUCGUUUUUAGUACUUGAGUACAUGCCAAGAGGAUCGUUGGGGACCUUGUUGAGAAACAAAAGUUUUCAAUUAGCAAACCCUCAAAAACGCUCGUUUGCGCUAAACGCUGCCGAAGGAAUGGCCUUCUUGCACGGUCUGGAACCCCCAAGGGUUCACCGCGAUCUCAAAAGCUUCAAUUUGUUGGUUAGCGACCGCUGGGUUGUCAAAGUUGCGGACUUCGGUACCGCAAGACUUGCUCAGCAAGAGGGAAUCAACCAGAGAGUGAACAACAGAAACGAGCUUCCAUCUUCUCUGCACGCUCCGUUGCUCGAGGCCGACUCACUCAUGUCCACCAAUUGCGGAACUCCACUGUGGUCGGCACCCGAGAUUCUUCGCCGCCAAAAUUACGGUACACCUGUCGACGUCUACAGUUUUGGUAUCGUUUUAUGGGAGAUUUGGAAAAGAGAACUACCUUAUGAGGAUCACGAUAUUCGGUACAUGCAUCAAAUCAGUAAGCUAGUUUGUAAAGGGACCCGUCCUACCAUUCCAAGCGAUUCGAGUUGGCCGAGCGGAAUUGUAUCUCUCAUGCGUAGCUGCUGGCAAGAUAACCCCGCGGCAAGGCCAAAAUUUAGCAGUAUCGUUCCACAGCUACAAGAUGCAGCAAUUGCUCAUCAAUGACGUGUUGAUUGUACUAAAGACAUUAGUGGUAGACAUGAAGUGUUUGGUAGAGAUGAUAAAAAUUUACUAGCUGGAAUUGUGAUUACUU